UGGAUGUCGAUGUGUAAGGUCGUCGUAUCGGAAAACCCUAUAGUUCUGUGAAGAUUGAUUCAUCGUGCGUAUUACGCCAGUGUGAUAAGUAAUGUGGAGUGUAUUUUUGUGACUUUAUUUCAAAUUUAUGGUAUGCACGCAAUGAGUGACCCCGCGUCGUUGGCCGGAAUGUUACCCUUUGAUUCAAUUGGACUCUAUGAGCAACCGAAACCAAGAUUUAUAUUCAAGAUGCCCCGUGUAGUUCCUGACCAAAAAGCUAAAUUUGAAUCCGAUGAUCUCUUUAAAAGACUGAGCAGGGAGAGUGAGGUGAGGUACACUGGUUACCGUGACCGCCCUCCAGAGGAGAGGCAGAUGCGUUUCACGAGCGGCUGCCGCGAGGGCCACACGGAGAUCGCCUUCACUGCGACCGGCACGAACCUCCAACUGGUGUUUGACCAUUCUCCAUACAAUAAUAGAGGAUGUGAUUUCCAGAAGGAAAAUGGCAAAGCGCACAUUGUGUCCCGGUUCAUAAUGAAUGGGGUCUGCGUAAGAUGGCGCGGAUGGAUCGAUUUGGAGCGACUCGACGGCGCUGGGUGCCUCGAACUCGACGAAGAACGGGCCGCGAUUGAAGAUGCGGCGCUGCGUGAUCAGAUCGAGCGUUACAACCAACGUCUUCGUGACUUUGAAGAUAAACAGCGGGCUUAUCGGGAGCAUGGGGAAGAGAUGCGAGCUCACUCACAAGUACACGUGCAACGGUGCCAUCCAGGACGCCAGCCGCCGCACGCCACGCACCCUGCUCAUCCGCAUCCAACACACCCGGUUCAUAUUAAACAUUCACAAGGAGCGCUCAUAUCCUAAGAAAUCUCAGAAGAAAUAUUUUAUGCGCUAACUGAAACGCUCAAUACAUUUUUGAAUCUCAUGUAGAAAAACUGUAUAGACCUAUUUCUUAAUUAAGCCAAUGAAUAUAACCAAAUCCAUAGUUUUAUGAAUACUAAUAAUCAUUAUCAGUAUUUUCAAUGAGCAACUUAUUGCAAUCAUCGAUGUAUGUAUUUUAAUUUUAAGAAAAUAGAGGUAGAUAAUGAAAAAUGGAUUUAUUUGUUUUUGUAACAAUUACCUAUUUUGAUUUUUUUUUUCAAUUACAUAACUACCAUGUUUUAAUAGCAUUAUCAAUAUUUUUAAUUUCAUAAUAACAGAUAUUAUUGGUAUGGUCAUCUUACCAAAUCAGAUUCGAUCCUAUUUAAGUUCUUAAAUAUUUUUUUGAAUUUAUGAAAUAAUAAUACGUUAAUUAAUUUAGUUGAAUAACAUGUUAUUUAAUUUUAAGAUUAUUGUUUAUAUAUUAUUAUGUCAAAUGUGAUAUCAAUGUGAAUAAAUGUAUACAAUUUAAAUCUUA